CGUGCCGUACGCGCUUGGAGUGAGGCAGGACCUGGGGGAGGAGACAUGUGUAUCACGCUUUCGCUCAUGCUUCUGUGUUUCGCCUACCAAUUCCACAUCAUCGUGCACAUUGUUCCCGCGCACUGACACUACGAUCAUCCAGUAUCCCUCCAGCACACCUUCAUCUUCUGUGGAUCUGCACGCGUUUAGCUUUGCGCGAGCCGUUAUUUAAUUCGUCUGACUUCAUGGGACGUGCUUUUAACGCGAAACGGUUUAAAGACCUACAAGUCGUCGUCAUAUUAUUUCUUUCUGCGCUUGGAGACAAUGUUUUAAAGCAAACACUGGCGUGCGCGCUUCGCUUUAAAUGAGCUCGGAUUGGUGAGCCACUGGGAACCCAAGCACGGAACUAACUUGAACUACGAAACUGGAGAGCUCCAGCUACUGUGUUGGAUCAAAGACGACGUCUACGGCUUCCGGGCCAUGAGUAGUUUUAAGGGCCAGGAUGUGGAAAAACAAGGCAUCAAGCUGCCAAAAAAAUGGAUUGAUUCCAAUGAAAAAAUCCCCACAGACCGUACGAUGGUUGUCGGUGGAGUUGUGGGAGGAGGAGACACUUCCGAUCCCCCAGGAGGUCAGUUGAGAAAACGGCGUCAGCGCUAUGUGGAAAAGGACGGCAAGUGCAACGUCCACCACGGAAACGUGCGCGAAACCUACCGUUACCUGACGGACAUCUUCACCACACUCGUGGACUUGAAGUGGCGCUUAAAUCUGCUGGUCUUCACCCUGGUCUACACUACCACCUGGGUGUUUUUUGGCUUCAUUUGGUGGCUCAUCGCCUACAUCCGUGGAGACCUGGACCACACUGAUGACAACGAGUGGACACCGUGUGUCAAUAAUCUCAAUGGCUUCGUCUCAGCCUUCCUUUUUUCCAUCGAGACCGAGACCACCAUUGGUUAUGGGUACCGUGUCAUAACGGACAAAUGCCCUGAGGGCAUCAUCUUGCUUCUGGUGCAGGCCAUCUUGGGCUCCAUCGUCAAUGCCUUCAUGGUGGGCUGCAUGUUUGUGAAAAUCUCACAACCAAAGAAUCGCGCCGAAACGCUCAUGUUUUCUAACACAGCUGUGAUAUCCAUGCGGGACAGCAAGUUGUGUUUGAUGUUCCGUGUUGGUGACUUGCGUAACUCACACAUUGUGGAGGCCUCCAUCAGGGCAAAGCUCAUCCGCUCCAAGCAGACCAAGGAAGGAGAGUUUAUCCCCCUAAACCAGACGGACAUCAACGUGGGCUUUGACACGGGGGACGAUCGGCUGUUCCUGGUGUCACCGCUGAUCAUUUGCCAUGAGAUCAACAAGAACAGCCCCUUCUGGGACAUCUCUCAGGAGCAACUGGUGCGAGAAGAGUUUGAAAUAGUGGUCAUUCUGGAAGGAAUGGUGGAGGCUACAGAAUACCAAGAAAAUAAGUCUGAAUUGUGA